AUGGCUUCCGUUACUUCUAAGCUGUAUUCAGACGAUGUUAGUCUCCUAGUCUUGUUGCUGGACACGAAUCCCUUUUACUGGAGCACUACAUCGAUUAAGUUCUCUCAAUUCCUCUCUCAUGUGCUUGCUUUUCUAAACGCGGUAUUGGGAUUGAAUCAGUUGAACCAAGUUGUAGUUAUAGCUACUGGAUACAGUUCCUGUGAUUACAUUUAUGAUUCGUCUUUGACACCGAAUGGGCAUUUCGAGAGCAGUGGAACUGGAAUGCCUGCCAUUUUCAGUUCUUUGCUGAAGAAAUUGGACGAGUUUUCUGCAAAAGAUGAGGAGCUCUGCAAGGAAGAGGAUAACGAGAAGAGAGUAGCUUCCUCUCUCCUGUCAGGAUCACUCUCCAUGGCUCUUUGCUAUAUACAGAGGGUUUUCCGUUCUGGACAUCUUCAUCCGCAGCCUCGGAUUCUAUGCUUGCAAGGCUCCCCAGAUGGCCCGGAACAAUAUGUAGCUGUCAUGAACUCUAUCUUCUCUGCUCAACGCUUAAUGGUUCCCAUUGAUUCAUGUUACAUAGGUACACAGAACUCAGCAUUCUUGCAGCAGGCAUCGUAUAUAACUGGCGGCGUACAUCAUUCACCUAAACAGUUGGAUGGGCUGUUUCAGUAUCUAACGACGAUCUUUGCCACUGAUUUGUACACCCGGGGUUUUGUACAACUUCCUAAACCCGUAGGCGUUGAUUUUCGCGCAUCGUGUUUUUGCCACAAGAAGACUAUCGAUAUGGGCUAUAUAUGUUCAGUGUGCCUGUCUAUUUUCUGUGAGCAUCACAAGAAAUGUUCAACUUGCGGGUCUGUUUUUGGUCAGUCUAAACUUGAUGAAGCUUCAUCUGUCGCUAACAAGAAGAGGAAAGCUCCCGACUCCUAA